GUUGGUCUCUGAGAGCAGCCAGGCCCAGGCCCAGGAGAGGGGCCAGCAGCUGGUUCCUCCGGUCGCGGGGAGACAUCCGCAGGAAUGCAGACCACCAUCAGAGGUUGAAUUAUCCCUAUCAUUUGUUAGCCAUUUUAUAAAGUUAGAGAAUUAAAAUAAACACUAUGUCUGAUGAAGUUUUUAGCACAACUUUGGCAUAUACAAAGAGUCCAAAAGUCACCAAAAGAACUACUUUCCAGGAUGAACUAAUAAAAGCAAUUACAGCUCGCUCAGCCAGACAAAGAAGUUCUGAAUACUCAGAUGACUUUGACAGUGAUGAGAUUGUUUCCUUAGGUGAUUUUUCUGACACCUCAGUAGAUGAAAAUUCAGUUAAGAAAAAGAUUAAUGAUUUUCAUAUAUCAGAUUAUGAAGUAAAGAAUUCUCCAAAACGGUCUUUUUUGAAAACCAAGAAAUCAAUCAAUGAUGUGAGGAAAGAUGAGCCAGUAGUCUCUAUCAAAAAUGAUGAAAUGGCACCUGAUGGUGGUGAAGGCAUGGUUGUAAAUCCCUUAUCUGAAUCUCAAAAUAAACAACAAGAAGUUGAAAAAGAGAAAAUUAAAAUGGAAAUGAAACCCAGAAUUCUUCCAAUCAAAAGCGUAUCUUCAGAAAAUAACAGCAGCCUUGAAGCAGACAACCACUUUAAGCCUUCACCUCGGCCAAGGAGCAUGUUGAAAAAGCACAGCCACAGGGAGGAGAAAGACAGUCUAGGAGAAGAUAAAGACACUGCCCUCCAUGAAGAAUUAGAGGCACAUUCUGCACCUUCGUUCCUCUCAAGUCUGAAUGGCAGACAACCAGAAGCUGAGAAAAAUGCAUUCUCUGAAAACCUUGACCCUGAGGAUGCAUGGUUAACAAGUCUAUCAUCAUCAUCCCUUAAAGAAAGUCUCGGAAAUUCCUCUUCACCAGGAUCUGGGGAAAAAGCCUCCUUUACAGAUCAGAAUGAAGAAUGCACUGAAAACCAUAAUUUCUUGAAAUCAAUUGAAAGUGAAGAGAACUCAUUUUUGAUAGACUUUGUUACUGCACUUGAGAAACCCAAGGAAAGUCAAGUGACUACUGGUGACCUUGAAGAAGAAAAGGAGAAAGCUGAACUGAUUAUGAAUGAUGACAUAACAGUUGAUGAUCCACCACUAUUUCAACUUCAGAGUAUCUUAUGCACUGAGUCUGCAAAGAAAAUAAUUGAAGAUAGAAAUAUGAAGAAUAAAAAGUCAACAAAUAAUAGAGCAUCCAAUGCAUCUGGCAGAUUAGUGACCUCUGAGUUCUUAAAGAAACCUGGUUCUCUAAGGAGAACUCCGUUGACAGUUCCCACUUCUCACUAUUUAGGGACUUUGAGAAUCUUGGACCAAAAGCCCUCACAGAAACAGAACACAGAACCUGACAGAGCAGAUAACAUAAGGGCAGCUGUUUAUCAGGAGUGGUUAGAAAAGAAAAAUGUUUAUUUACAUGAAAUGCACAGAAUUAAAAGAAUCAAAAGUGAAAACUUAAGGAUUCAAAAUGAACAGAAAAGAGCUGCUAAGAGAGAAGAAGCCUUAGCAUCAUUUGAGGCCUGGAAAGCCAUGAAAGAAAAGGAAGCAAAGAAGGUGGCUGCAAAAAAAAGGCUUGAGGAAACAAACCAGAAGAAAACUGAAGAAGAAAAUGCUGUGAGAAAAAGAGAAGCACUGCAAUCUUUUGAAAAAUGGAAAGAGAAAAAGAUGGAAUAUCUUAAAGAGAAAAGUAAAAAAGAGAAAGAAUAUGAAAGAGCAAAGAAACAGAAAGAGGAGGAAACUGUUGCUGAGAAAAGGAAAGAUAACUUAACUGCUGUUGAAAACUGGAAUGAAAAAAAGGAAGCUUUUUUCAAGGAAAAGGAAAAAGAGAAAAUAAAUGAGAAAAGAAAAGAAGAACUGAAAAGAGCUGAGAAAAAAGAUAAAGAUAAACAAGCUCUUGAUGAAUAUGAAAAAUGGCUGGAAAAAAAAGAAAGGAAGGAAAGAAUUGAACGAAAACAAAAGAAACAUCAUCCCUUUCUUGAAAAUGAGGUACUUCCUCCAUGGACCCCUCCAAGCAGGACUGUGUUCUCAAAAAUGUUUUGAUAAUUCUUAUUCUUGCAUUAUUUAGUUAUUUAUCAAUUCACCAAUUUUAGCCAAAUUAAAUUUAAAACUAUUAAUUAAAUUAUUUAUAGUUAGAAGAGUCUAUUUUAAUUAAAUGCUGGUCACUUCUGCUGACAAUGAAAAAGAUGCUUUAGAGUUUAAUCAGUGAAAGCACUGAAAGCAUUUUUGAACUGUAGAUAAACUGCUUCAAAUGAAGAGCUAAUAAUCAGAUUGCUUUUACCAUUGAAAUACAUAACCAUUUAUCAUGUCCUGAUAAUUCUUAUAGUCUGAUGAUCCAUGAUCACUUUCCCUAACCUGUGCAUGUUAUUUAAGUAUGAUUAUUCUCCAACAUAAAAAGAAAACCAUCUAAGUACCAUAAUCAUAGAAAUAAUUGAUUUUGCAAGUGAUUGCACAUGUAGAGUCAGGUUUUAAAAUGAAUGGUCACUGGGGAGUAUGCAUAUAUUAUUUAUUCUAAAACUAAUCUUUAGCUCAAAGUAGUUGCAUUUGCACUGUGCAAGUUAGAAUUUUGGUCAACUGAGGCAGUAGUUCAGUAGAAUCAUCCAAUCACUGAGGCAUUUUAUUUAAGAAUGUUGCCAUAUGUUUUAAUAUGAGUAUACCUUAUCUGUUCCUGCUUAAGUGACAAUCAUAGGCACUUUAUAAUGAGCAGACUUCUGAAAUGUGUCUUCCUAAAUUCUAUCUCACUUUACUAUUUCAUUGAUAUCAAAAGAUGUCUAUUUCAUGGUAAUUAUAUACAUUACUUAUGGAAAUUCCACAAGAGUCCAAGGUCAUUAUCACUAUUAUUAUUUUCCAGACUAAAGCCAUAAAGAUGAUAACGGUAAGUUUUGUCCUCUUAGCUAAUCCAGAGUCAUCUACGUUAUAUUUAGAAGACAGCUGUAUGGGAAGGUAAUUUGUAGAAAAUGUCCAAAGAAUCUAUUUAUUUAUUUGAUCUCUGCAUAUCCUCAUUAAUCAGACUCAUACUUGAACUGGUCAACUAGUUUAUCACAGACCAAAUGUAUGCUCUCAGAGUUGAAAUGCUACUGUAGCCAAUGAUGCAAUGCAAUGAUAGAUGACAAAAAAGUUACUAUUUAUGAAGUACCUGUUGUAUCCUCUCUACUAGAUCUUUACAAGUAUUAUUUUUUGUCUUUACAACAACUAUUCAGAGUACAUGUUAUUAGCUUCAUUUUGCAGAUAAAAAUACUGAGACUCAGAGAAAUCAAAGAACUUGCCACACAUUUAGCACGUGACUGAGCUGGGAUUAGAGCUGAUGAAGUCUCUCUACCUCUAGAAUUCAGAUGCUCAUGUUCAUGCUCUCAUGUGACCUCAGAGAAUUGUAAAUUCUGUCAAAACCUCUGUAUUAUAUCAACCUUAAAAACACAUUUUACUUCUCAGAUCCUAAAAUCAUGUAUUGUUAUCCAGAGAUUAUCUUUCCUUUAAGAAAUAGCUGUUUGUUAUUAGAGACAGUUAACCUCAUUAGAUCUUCAAAAUAAAAGAAAAGAAUUCAUAGUAUUUAAGGAGUUAGUCAAAUGCCCGUGUCUAGUAUUAUAAUGUCAGAGCACCCAGCAGGUUAUGGAACUUAGGCUUUCAGACAGUUACUCGGGAGGUUUCACACUCUGAGGAUUAGCUUUCUUGCUGCCAUGGAUGUGCAAGGUAAGAAAGGUGUCGUGGAUCACUUUGUAAGAUCACAUCAGUGCUACAGAUAAAUUUAAAAAUUUCAUAAAUAAAACUGGAAGCCUUUUUAUACCACUGGAACUAGGAGAAUCUGUCAUGAAAUUGAACUAAUUACCAUCAGUAUCAGUAUGGGAUUUAGGGCCUCCCUUAGUUCAUUCGUGUGUCCCCCACAGUACCAAACAGAAAAGAUUAAGUAUUUAUUGUAUUGAAUUCUAUUCAGAGCUUAAAAGAUAUUUGCAAACUCCAGGGAAGUAAAAGGAAAAAUAGAAAAAUGUACAGCUACUUUUAUGAAUGUGAGAUCUUAAGUGUGUGUGUCAUAGAUUUCACAUUAAAUAUUGACUUAAGCAUUCUGAACAUUUUCUUCUAAUUUAUCAUGCAUAGUGGAUUAACUAUUAUCACCUCUGAGUUGUGAGAAUUGAAGUUAGUUAAUUAAUAUAAAGAAUAUGGCACAUAAGAAAAGGCUUAAUAAAUGUUCAUUGUUUUCACUUACUUCCUACCUUGAGCCGUUUGUUUCCCCACCUCAUGUUUGUGAGAAGGUUAACAUGGAUGAGGCUGAUAAUGAUGAGUUAACAUUGCACUUGGUUAGCAUAUAAGAAGAAAUCUCUGCUUUCCUCGCCAGUCUAGGUUGUAGCACUCAAGAGAGAAUAUAGCGGUGACCUGCAUUUGGGACCUUCUAAAAAGAAAUCUAAAUACUAAUUCCUUAGCACUGCUUGUGAGGUCAAUGAAAAGGGAAAUUGAGGUGUUUUCAAAGACCCAACAAAUCAUUUCCCUCAAAUGGGAUUUUCAUCUUACUAUGCUAAAUAAUAUAUUAUUUCCUGUUUACAGCAAGCUGUGCUGAUUGAAUUGUCUAGUUGAAUGAAAUCACCUCUUUGCCUAUAGCAGAAAUAAAGCUGAGUUCUCGGAGCUGGAUGAAAAUACAGUGCUAUUUACUUUCUGAGAUCCAAAGGGAGAAUCAAGCCAGGUAAUAUUCUCCUGAAUAUAUUUGUCUAUUUAAAGUGUAUGCUUUCCCCAUAUUUCCUUAGAAAUUAUCAGAUAUCAAUAUCAUUAACUUUCAAUAAGUUUUUGUUAUAAUAUGAGGGAAUGUUAAUUCAAAUUAAAGACACUAAAAGCCUAUAGAUUUUCAGAUUAAACUUCUAGUUGUGUAAACUGUAUUGAGCACUUGAAGAAUGCUGACACUUAAAGUAAAUAGGAAUUUAAUGAAUAUUUUAAAACAUUACUGAAAACAAUUUCCCUAGAAAUUUAAAUAAUAAUACUAAAAAAUAAAAUUUUAUUCAGAAAUGAAGUUUCAUAAUAACCAAGAAAAUUAGUGACAUAAAUAAAAAGAAACAAUAUGGCAUUUUAGAUCAGUAGGAGGUUAAAAUUUUCUUAAUGUAAGAAAAUAAGAACUGUUCAGGGAUAACAAUAUUCCAGUGGUUUGUAUUGUACCACAUUUUGAAAAUGUUAGUAGUUCUUUUAUUGUUUUAUAUAGUAUUGAAACUGAUAUUUUUCAUGUUGCCAAAGCCGUACCUGAUAGUAGUUAGGUGUCCAAAGGUAUAUGUACCUUAGAGUUAUAUAACUAUGAAUUUGAAAGGAAUUUUAAUAAGCCUGGCCCAGACUUAUUUCUAAAUUGGAGAAACUGAUUUCCAAAGCCUCUGACUUGCUCAAGCUCACACAAAUGACCAUAAGAUAUCUAGAGUGACAACUCAGGUGUCAGGUUUCCCAGCUAUAGACUGUCCACCAUUCCACAAUUUUGAUAAUUUUAUAAAAGUUUUGCACUAACUCUUGUACCUGUGAUCAUUAUUAAUGUCAUUGAUUUUUAUCCUCUCAGAUGUGCCCUUGCUCUUUCACGGCCUUCUCCAUAACUAUCCACCAGAUCAGAGCCGUUUGUGCACCUACACUGUCACUGAAAAUGUGGGGAAAUACUGAAGUUUUUUAAAUCCUGAGUCAUGGGCUAAGAUACAGUAGAGAAAAAGAAUUUUACAAAAUAGGAGAAAUUGAUGUUUGUCAAAAUAGCUCCCAAGAAUAAACUAAUACAGAAAACACAUUUUCCUGAUUUAAUUUUGACUCUACUUUCAAUAGUGCUCUAUUAAAAAGUAUUUAAACCCAUAUGCCUACAUUCUACACAAAGCAAAGAUACUAUCAAUUAUCCUGCUUCCUAGGUACAUUGGCUGACAGAAAUAAUGAAUACUAUGUAACAUUUAACUGAAGACUUCUCUGAAUUCUUUUUACUUUAAAAUUUCAUGUGAUUUGGUUAUUUUGAAACAUGUGUUACAUGUAGUUGUAUAAUGUUAACUUGGGUCAACCAAAUUCUUGGUAUUGGAUUUAGGAUGUUUUAAGAAUUAUUUUAGGAGAUGUGUUUAAUAUCUGCUUUUUAGUAACAUAUUUUCAUGUAAUGUUUAA